GCCCAGCGCCCCGCUCUCCUCCCGCCCGCCCCCUCCGCCGCUCCGCGCCUCCCUCUGCCUCUCCUUCCCCCAUUCUCCUGGAUUAAUUAAGGAGGCAGCGGCAGGAGGCUGAGUCCUGGCCGCGGGCCGGGGCCGGGGCGCCGCUGGCAGGAGCGCUUGGGGAUCCUCCAAGGCGACCAUGGCCUUGCUGGGAAAGCGCUGCGACGUCCCCACAAACGGCUGUGGGCCUGACCGCUGGAACUCCGCCAUCGCCCGCAAAGACGAGAUCAUCACCAGCCUCGUGUCUGCCUUAGAUUCCAUGUGCUCAGCGCUCUCCAAGCUGAACGCAGAAGUGGCCUGUGUCGCUGUGCAUGAUGAGAGCGCCUUCGUGCUCGGCACCGAGAAGGGCAGGAUGUUCCUGAACGCACGCAAGGAGCUGCAGUCAGACUUCCUCAGGUUCUGCCGAGGGCCCCCGUGGAAGGAACCGGAGGCAGAGCACCCCAAGAAGGUGCCUCGGGGUGAGGGUGGCAGCCGGAACAUCCCACGGUCUGCCCUGGAACAUGGCUCCGACGUGUACCUUCUGCGGAAGAUGGUAGAGGAGGUGUUUGAUGUUCUUUAUAGCGAGGCCCUGGGCCGGGCCAGCGUGGUGCCGCUGCCCUACGAGAGGCUGCUCCGGGAGCCGGGGCUGCUGGCUGUGCAGGGGCUGCCCGAGGGCCUGGCCUUCCGGAGGCCGGCCGAGUACGACCCCAAGGCCCUCAUGGCCAUCCUGGAGCACAGCCACCGGAUCCGCUUCAAGCUCAAGAGGCCGCUCGAGGAUGGCGGGCGGGAGUCGAAGGCCCUGGUGGAGCUGAACGGCAUCUCCCUGAUAGCCAAGGGGUCUCGGGACUGUGGCCUGCACGGCCAGGCCCCCAAGGGGCCGCCCCAGGACCUGCCCCCAACCGCCACCUCCUCGUCCGUGGCCAGCUUCCUGUACAGCACCGCCCUUGCCAACCACACCGUGCGGGAGCUCAAGCAGGAGGCACCCGCCUGCCCACUUGCCUCCAGUGACCUGGGCCUCGGCCGGCCCGGGCCUGAGCCCAAGGCCCCCGCUGCCCAAGACUUCCCAGACUGCUGUGGACAGAAGCCCACUGGGCCUGGCGGUCCUCUCAUUCAGAACGUCCAUGCCUCUAAGCGCAUCCUCUUCUCCAUCGUCCAUGACAAGUCAGAGAAGUGGGACGCCUUCAUAAAAGAAACCGAGGACAUCAACACGCUCCGGGAGUGUGUGCAGAUCCUGUUUAACAGCAGAUAUGCGGAAGCCCUGGGCCUGGACCACAUGGUCCCCGUCCCCUACAGGAAGAUCGCCUGUGACCCGGAGGCUGUGGAGAUCGUGGGCAUCCCAGACAAGAUCCCGUUCAAGCGCCCCUGCACCUACGGGGUCCCCAAGCUGAAGCGGAUCCUGGAGGAGCGGCACAGCAUCCACUUUGUCAUUAAGAGGAUGUUCGAUGAGCGAAUUUUCACAGGGAACAAGUUUACCAAAGACCCCACAAAGCUGGAGCCAGCCAGCCCGCCCGAGGACAUCUCUGCGGAGGUCUCCCGUGCUGCCGUCCUGGACCUGGCUGGGACUGCUCGGUCGGACAAAAGCAGUCUCUCUGAAGACUGUGGGCCAGGAACCUCCGGGGAGCUGGGUGGGCUGAGACCCAUCAAAAUCGAGCCAGAGGAUCUAGAUAUCAUUCAGGUCACUGUCCCAGACCCUUCCCCAGCCUCUGAGGAAAUGACAGACUCGAUGCCUGGACAUGUGCCCUCGGAAGAUUCCGGUUACGGGAUGGAGAUGCUGACUGACAAAGGCCCCAGCGAGGACCCGCGGCCUGAGGAGAGGCCUGUGGAGGACAGUCAUGGUGACGUGAUCCGGCCUCUGCGGAAGCAGGUGGAGCUGCUUUUCAACACACGAUACGCCAAGGCCAUUGGCAUCUCGGAGCCUGUCAAGGUGCCCUACUCCAAGUUCCUGAUGUACCCAGAGGAGCUGUUUGUGGUGGGGCUGCCUGAAGGCAUCUCCCUCCGCAGGCCCAACUGCUUCGGGAUCGCCAAGCUCCGGAAGAUCCUGGAGGCCAGCAACAGCAUCCAGUUCGUCAUCAAGAGGCCUGAGCUGCUCACCGAAGGAGUCAAAGAGCCCCUCACGGACAGCCAAGAGAGGGAUUCCGGGGACCCUCUUGUGGACGAGAGCCUGAAGAGACAGGGCUUUCAAGAAAAUUAUGACACCAGACUCUCACGGAUCGACAUUGCCAACACGCUGAGGGAGCAAGUCCAGGAUCUGUUCAAUAAGAAAUACGGGGAAGCCUUGGGCAUCAAGUACCCGGUCCAGGUCCCCUACAAGAGGAUCAAGAGUAACCCCGGCUCGGUGAUCAUCGAGGGGCUGCCCCCCGGGAUCCCCUUCCGAAAGCCCUGCACCUUUGGCUCCCAGAACCUGGAGAGGAUCCUUGCGGUGGCUGACAAGAUCAAGUUCACCGUCACCAGGCCUUUUCAAGGACUCAUCCCAAAGCCUGAUGAAGAUGAUGCCAACAGACUUGGGGAGAAGGUGAUCCUCCGGGAGCAGGUGAAGGAGCUCUUCAACGAGAAAUACGGUGAGGCCCUGGGCCUGAACCGGCCUGUGCUGGUCCCUUACAAACUGAUUCGGGACAGCCCAGAUGCUGUCGAGGUCACAGGCCUGCCCGAUGACAUCCCUUUCCGGAACCCCAACACAUAUGACAUACACCGGCUGGAGAAGAUCCUGAAGGCCCGGGAGCACGUCCGCAUGGUCAUCAUCAACCAGCUCCAACCUUUUGCAGAAAUCUGCAAUGAUGCCAAGGUGCCAGCCAAAGACAGCAGCCUCCCCAAGCGCAAGAGAAAGCGGGUCUCCGAAGGGAAUUCCAUCUCCUCUUCCUCCUCCUCUAACCCGGAGUCAGUGGCAUCCACCAACCAGAUCUCACUCGUGCAAUGGCCAAUGUACAUGGUGGACUAUGCCGGCCUGAAUGUGCAGCUCCCGGGACCUCUGAAUUACUAGACCUCAGUGCUGAAUCAGGACCUUACUCAGAAAGACUAAAGGAAAUGUAAUUUAUGUACAAAGUGUAUAUUCGGAUAUGUAUCGAUGCCUUUUAGUUUUUCCAAUGAUUUUUACACUAUAUUCCUGCCGGCAAGGCCUUUUUAAAUAAGUAAAAAAAAAAAAAAAAA